AUGAAAGGGAUUCCUCCCAAGUACACGAUUGUGGACGUGGACAAACAGUCGAAUCCUUGGAUCUUCUACGUCCAGGUCACCGUGGCGGACGUGCCUGCGGUGGGACUCGGCUUGGACAAGAAAGACGCUAAAAGGAAUGCGGCUUCCAAAGUUCUCAACACGUUUGGGUACAACUUUGUAGUCAAGGAGCCAGAGCCGAGACCCAAAGAAGACAUCACAUCUCAGCAGAUAGAGACUGAUGUUCUUGAGGAGGUCCCCAAGGAUGACAAGCCACAACAGGACCAGGAAUGUUCUGUAGCUCAAGGCGACUCCAUCCAGUCAGUGGAGACCCAGUCCCCAACAGAGGACACAUCUGUGGACACAUCUGCUGCUGCCCAAGACGAAGCAGCAGAGGUUUUCCUGGAUGCUGUUGUGGAGGAGGUUCAGACACCUCCUGAGGAGAUUGUGUUUGUAGAGUCCCCUGAAGACACUGCUACUGAUGUUGUUGAUCAGGCAGAACUUCUGAGGGACCAGGAACAGUCACCAGUACUCACACAGACUGUAAGUGAGGAGGUAACGAUUUGUGAUGUUCCCCGUGAUGCCAGCACAACUCCAGAGAUGGAGACUGAUGUCCAUGACGAGGUUGACGAGUCACAACAGGACCAGGAAUGUGCUGUUGUUGAAGACAACUUCUUUCAGACGGAGGAGAUCCAGUCCCCAACAGACGACACAUCUGUUUUGUCUUCUGCUGCUGCUCAGGACGAAGCAGCAGAGGGUUUCUUAGAUAACAUCGAGGAGGAGGUUCAGACACCUCCCGAUGAGUUUGUUUAUCUAGAAACCUGUGAAGACACUUCCAAUGAUGCUGUUGAACUAGCAGCACUUCUGGACGCCAUUGAGGAGGAGGUUCAGACACCUCCUGAGGAUUUUGUGUUUGUAGAGACCCCUGAAGACACCGCUACUGAUGUUGUUGAUCAGGCAGAACUUCUGAGGGAUCAGGAACAGUCACCAGUACUCACACAGACUGUAAGUGAGGAGGUAAUGAUUUGUGAUGUUCCCCAAGAUGCCACACCAGAAAUGGACGGGUGGACACAAGCAAACACGACUCAAGGGACAAAGACUGAUGUCCACGAGAAGGUUGACGAGUCACAACAGGACCAAGAACAUUCUGUUGCUGAAGACGACUUCUUUCAGACGGAGAAGAUCCAGACCCCAACAGACGACACAACUGUUCUGUCUUCUGCUGCUGCUCAGGACGAAGCAGCAGAGGUUUUCUUAGAUGACAUUGAGGAGGAGGUUCAGACACCUCCCAAGGAGUUUGUUUAUCUAGAAACCUGCGAAGACACUUCUGCUGAUGGUGCUGACCAAGCAGCACUUCUGAGUGACCAGGAACAGUCACCAGAAGUCUCACAGACUGAAAACAAGGAGGAAACAGUUCACAAAGUCCUUGACCAGUCUGAUGACGACAACACCACAAACUUUGAAGAAACAGAUGUAAAUGGCCCAACAAGUCCUUUGGAAGACUUAACCUCUCUGAGGACUCAAGAGACAGUGGUCACUGACACGGUUAGUGCUACGUCACAACCUGAAAUUAUCACUGAGGAUAUCUCUGAGUCUUUAGAAAGCAGUUCAUCAACGGACACGUCGACUGAACCAAGUAGGAUUUCUCCAACUGUCCUCAAAGGCUCCUUCUUCAUCACCUGCGCACUGACCCAAAAACUGUUCAAACUGGCUGGAUCCAAAGACCACCGUAACGCCAGUCUAAUGGGUGCGCGCCUGCAUUACAGCAUCAAGCAGCAGCUGGAGUUGGAUGAAAUCUGCCAGAUAAAGCUGAAGAACUUAGAGAAAGUCGGUAAAGCCGCCGCCAAACGUCUCUCUGCAGAAUAUGGAUCGGCAGACGCAGUCCUGAGGGCGGCUCGAGAGGACGACACAGCUGCAUUUGAAGCGGCUGCAGCGAAACAUAUAAACGCUGAACUGAGAUCCUUCCAGAAGCGUCCCAAGUCUGCUCUGUCACGGCUCUUCUCCAGGUUGAGGAGGGCCUUUACCUUCUAA